AUGCCGCAGCAGCAGCGUAACGAACAGCAGCAACUGCUGCAGCAGCAGCGCAACGAACAGCAGCAACUGCUGCAGCAACAGCGCAGCGACGAGCAGCAACUGCUGCAGCAACAGCCCAACGAAGAGCAGCAAGUGCUGCAGCAGCAGCGCAACAAAGAGCAGCAAGUGCUGCAGCAGCAGCGCAACAAGGAGCAGCAAAUGCUGCAGCAGCAGCGCAACAAGGAGCAGCAAAUGCUGCAGCAGCAGCGCAACAAGGAGCAGCAAAUGCUGCAGCAGCAGCAGCAGCAGCAGCAGCAGCAGCUAACCAACAGUGCCGUCGAACACCCCAAAGAAAGCAGCAUCAUUGCGGCCGGGAAUCAGCGCAGGGCAAACAGUAAAGCGAUCUUCUUGGUGCUUCCGCCCCCCUGCAGCAGCAGCAGCAGCAGCAGCAGAGUGUGCAGCAGCAGCAGCAGCAGAGUGUGCAGCAGCAGCAGCAGAGUGUGCAGCAGCAGCAGCGAAAGCGUUCCCGGCGCGGCUGCAGCAGCUGGGGCAGCAGCAGCAGCUGCGAGGAACGGCAGAGGCAAGCCCAUGCUUCAGAGCAGCACAGCAGCAGCAGCAGCAGCAGCAGCAGCAGCAGCAGCAACAGCAGCAGCAGCUGCUGCACCUAUGUCCGUCUCAACGGAGACCUCAAACGAGCCGUAG